AUGACGUCCCAGCACAUCCUGGCCACGGCACCCUCCCAAGAUGCCAUUCUCAGGUCCCUCCUCGAGGAUGUCCGGACUUACAAUGCGCGCCAGCCACCUCACGCCGGCCUGCGCGAGUGUGAUCUUUACGCGGAAAUGCCCUUGCUUCUCAACCUGCCUGGCGCGCCCCUCGCAUGCAGAGAACCCCCCGCCGAGUUCGAGGCCGUCAACAUGCACUUCUCAGCCCGAGUGCACGCCUUCUUCAACGCACUGCGCGACUUAGAGGACAUGUCAAGCAAGAAGUCCCCGGACGAGCUGGACCUGAUCCGCCAAGACGAUGGCCUUUGGGCCGCCAUCCGCAUCGUCAACCAGUCCUUCGACAUCGACCCGGACUGCUUACACCGCACGUUCCACACCCGUCGCCUCUCCGUCCGGGACCCGGACACCCUACCCCUCGUCAACCGCGUCACCCGACUGCGCGUGUUGCCCGAACCGGAUUUCUCCUCCGAGCCGGACAUGAACGCGGCUCACAUGCGGCCCGUCUGCCCGCGCGUGCCCCUCGAACUCGCCGCCCGCCUCCGUCGCCUUCGUGAGCUCGACUGUCCCUGGCUAUGGGAGCGCUUUCCCAUCGCCUUCUCAUCUCACGCGCUGCGAAGGUAUGCCCGCGUCUGGGAAGGCCCUUGGCAUGAUGCCCGCGCCGACUUCGGCCGGGGAGUACGCCAUGUUUUGCCCUCGUUGCCAUCCUCCCUCACCAAGGCCCGUCUCUGGUUUUGGAAGCCCAACCCCCGCGGGGACGACAUGGACCAAGCGGCGCCGAUGCCUGACCUUGUCGGCGCGUCAUCAUCAUUGUCUUCGUUGACCCCUGAGUUUGAAGGCAUCGACCCUGUUUCUCUCGGACUGCGUAUCCUGGGGAGUCGGCUGGAGAAACUCGACAUCCGCGCGCUCAUCACCCCCGACCUUUUCCUUUCCGGUGGUGACGGUGCAAGAGAUCCCUUUACGUCAUGGCCACACAUGCGGCACCUUAGAAAUUUCACCCUUGCGCGCCCGACGGCAGCUGGUACUUUUCCGGGCCGCGAGGCGAAGAUCCCCAUGCCGCUGCCGCCUGGUCAGGAGGAUGCUGACGAGACGCACACCUUGUGGUCCCUUGACGAGGACGAAUACACGGGCGACGACGAGGUGAGCAACGCCCGCCAACUCGACAUGUUCCGUACGCUCCCCAUCGCGGGGCGCAUCAACCCUUUGCUCAUGGCGUUUGCCUCGUCCCUCCAACGACAAAGGACGCCAUCUCUCCAAGACGCCGAGCUAUUCACCUGGCUUACGUGGCGGCCCUCCGAGGAGCGUGCUCAAGAGUAUGAAGGCAGUGACGACGCGCCUCUCUCGGACGAGGAUGAGACCGUCAUGUUCCGAUGGGGAGUGAGGUACGAGGCGCCCAAAGGGGAUGGGAGGGGAAAAGUGACGUGGCAUGUCGGUGAGGACUGGAGGCCGGUAGACGAAGUCAUCCGGGCGUUCGAGGAUCUUGUGGGCGGUGACGGGGAGAACAUGGACUGGAAAGCGUUCGAGUUUGUAAAGAAGCGGGAGCAGGAUCUGGAAGUCUUCAUAUAA